AUAGUCAUUCAAGCGAUGCCGAGGUUUUUAUAUCAGUAGGUAGAUGGAAGCCCAGCAUUGUGGUCCGGAUUAAUAAUAAUUAUGAUUUUGAAAAUUUUUGCUCUUAUUGCUUUGGCAGCUGUGGUGGAAUCUGGAAGAUGGAAAGGUCGAAGAUUCCCCCGUUUUUACGGUCCGAAAAUUAGAUAUAUUAACAGACCAAUACACAUUCCAGUUCCUUACCCAGUAACACGUGUACAUACAAAGUUUGUUGAUCGUCACAUUCCUGUUUACAAGAAGAUUCAUGUACCCAUAGUUAAAAAGAUUCCAGUAAUCCGAACAGUGAUUGUCCGCGAAAAAAUUCCAAAACCAUAUCCAGUUCCAAAAGAAAUUAUCAGAACAAUCACAAAGAAAGUUGAAGUUCCUGUUGUAAAACAUGUUCCGGUCCCUCGUCACGUUCCGGUUAUAUACGAGGUCCCCGUCGACAGGCCGUUUCCUGUAGAGAAAAAAGUCAUAGUUGAAAAACCAGUUCCGGUCACCAAAGAAGUGCCUGUCCCUGCACCUUUUCCCGUUUUUCCGAAAGAAAAAGUUGGAAAACCAGCUGAUGGCGGUACCGUCGUUGUUGAUGCUGGAAAAGGUGGCGGAAAGUUCAAUGAUUUUGGCAUUCCCCUCGGUGGAAAAAACGUUGAUGUUGGAAUUGACCCGGGUAUAGGCAAAGAUAUCGGAGAUAGAUUUGCCGGUACAGAUAUCGGCGUUGGAGUAGAUCCAGGAUUUAACAGACCAAUUGGCGGAGGAAUUGACCCCGGUUUCGAUCGCCCGAUCGGAGGAGGCAAUAUUGACCCUGGCUUUAACCGGCCAAUUGGCGGCGGCGGAGGAAUUAUUGACCCGGGCUUUAACAGACCAAUUGGCGGAGGUGGCAGUAUUGACCCCGGUUUUAACCGACCUAUCGGAGGAGGCAAUUUUGACCCCGGAUUUAACCAACCAAUUGGAGGAGGAGGAGGUCUUAUUGACCCUGGCUUUAACAGACCAAUUGGCGGAGGUGGCAGUAUUGACCCCGGUUUUAACCGACCUAUCGGAGGAGGCAAUUUUGACCCCGGCUUUAACGGACCAAUUGGAGGAGGAGGCGGUAAUGUUGACCCUGGUUUCAACAGACCUAUUGGCGGUGGAGGCGAUAUUGAUCCCGGUUUCACGUUUCCAAUAGGUGGAGGAAUCGAUCCAGGUUUUAACCGACCAAUUGGAGGAGGUGGCGGUAAUGUUGACCCUGGUUUCAACAGACCUAUUGGCGGUGGAGGCAAUAUUGAUCCCGGUUUCACGUUUCCAAUAGGUGGAGGAAUCGAUCCAGGUUUUAACCAACCAAUUGGUGGAGGCGGCAACAUAGAUCAAGGUUUUACCAGACCAAUUGGCGGAGGCAACAACAUUGAUCCGGGUUUCACCUUUCCAAUUGGUGGAGGAACCGACCCAGGUUUUAGUCGUCCUAUCGGUGGAGGAGGAAUCGAUGUAGACUUCAAUCGCCCAGCAGGCGGAAUAGAUUCCGGGUUUAACCGUCCAGUUGGCGGGAUUGAUGCAGGGUUUGGGCUAGGAGGAGGACUUGACGCUGGCUUCAGUCGACCCAACAUUGCAAUUGACCCUCCAGCUGUAAUCGAUCCUGGGUUUAACGGCGGAGGAAUUAACGCGGGUCUUAACGGCCCUAUCUCGGUUGACCCAUUGAUUGACACCGGAAAUAACGUGGAUAAUUCCAUAGGAGGACCUGGUUUAGGAGGACCUGGUUUCGGAGGACCUGGUUUAGGAAGUCCUGAUUUCGGGGGGCCUGGUUUUGGGAUCGGUGGAGCCGUAAACCCCGGAUUCGUCGGUGGUGGGGCUGGACUAGGAUUAGACUCAAAUUUUGAUCGUUUUGAUAAUUCUCUUGGAGGAUUUGAACUCAAUGGAAACGGUUUUCCUGAUUCUGGUUUCGGGGAUUUCUCGUCGUUCGACGCCAGACUGAACGCUAUCGCACAAGGACAGGGUGGUUUGGUCUCAUCGGGUGGAGCCAUCGGACAGGGAAUUUCAGCUACAGAUUUAGGAUUACCCUCUGGAGAUUUGGGAUUGGCUGGAGGUAGGUUCGGUCUGGAUGGAAUAGACGCUGGAGACAGGUUUGGAAGAGAAAGAUUUGGUGGCCUGCUUGAUUCCAAUGUAGAUCUAUCAACUAACUUGGUGGGUGGAGGAGUCCCUGGCGAAGCAGCGAUAGCCCCUGCCGCUUUUACCGGUUCAUUUAGUGACAAUGGACAGACUUUGAGAACAAUAUAAUGGUGGAACACAAGAGGGCGUGUUUAGAGAGAGGUGAAGGCCGCCUGAUGGGUGCCAUACCCUGCUGACAGCUUCCAGUACAUUUACUCCUUUGGUCCUUUGUUGAUUGCUAUUAAAUUUAUUUUAUAUA